GGGGUUGACACGGGAACUGCGGGCCACGGGCUCACUGCGGGCCACCAGGUCACCUGCUGCUCUGAACCCUGCCUGGAACUCAACUCACGCCACAGUGGGGGAGACGUGAGUGCUUGUGAAACAACCCAACCAAAGCAUGGAUAUGGGAAACCAACACCCUUCUAUUAGUAGGCUUCAGGAAAUCCAAAAGGAAGUGAAAGGCGUAGAACAACAAGUAACUGGCUUCAGUGGCCUGUCAGAUGACAAGAAUUACAAGAGACUGGAGCGAAUUCUAACGAAACAGCUUUUUGAGAUAGACUCUGUAGAUACUGAGGGAAGAGGAGAUAUUCAGCAAGCGAGAAAAAGGGCAGCCCAAGAGACGGAGCGUCUUCUCAAAGAGCUGGAGCAGAAUGCAAACCACCCACAGCGGCUCGAGAUCCACACCAUUUUCAAGGAAGCCCAGGCCCUUGUGAAGGAGAAAAUCGUGCCGUUCUACAGUGGAGGCAACCAUGUCACUGAUGAAUUUGAGGAAGGCAUCCAGGAUGUCAUUCUGAGGCUGACGCACGUUAAAACCGGAGGGAAGAUCUCCCUGCGGAAAGCCAGGUAUCACACCCUGACCAAGAUCUGUGCCGUCCAGGAGAUCAUCGAAGACUGUGUGAAGAGACAGCCGUCCCUGCCGCUUUCGGAGGACGCGCACCCUUCCGUGGCCAAGAUCAACUCAGUGAUGUGCGAGGUCAACAAGGCCAGAGGCACCCUGAUCGCGCUCCUAAUGGGCGUGAACCACAACGACACCUGCCGGCACUUAUCCUGCGUGCUCUCGGGGAUGAUGGCAGACCUGGACGCUCUGGAUGUGUGUGGGCGCACGGAAAUCCGCAACUACCGCAGGGAGGUCGUAGAGGAUAUCAACAAGUUACUGAAGUAUUUGGAUUUAGAAGAGGAGGCAGACACCACGUACGCGUUCGACCUGGGACAGAACCAUUCCAUUUUAAAGAUAGAAAAAGUCCUCAAGAGAAUGAGAGAAAUAAAAAACGAGCUUCUCCAAGCGCAGAAUCCUCCCGACUUGUACCUGAGCUGCAAAACAGAGCUGCAGGGCCUCAUCGGACAGCUGGAUGAGGUGAGCCUGGAGAAGAACCCCUGCAUCCGGGAAGCCCGGAGGAGAGCAGUGAUUGAGGUGCAGACGCUCAUCACAUACAUCGACUUAAAGGAAGCCCUGGAGAAAAGAAAGCUGUUUGUGUGUGAGGAGCACCCUCCACACAAAGCUGUCUGGAGCGUCCUUGGCAACUUGUCAGAGAUCCAGGGAGAGGUGCUUUCGUUUGACGGGAACCGCACAGACAAGAACUACAUCCGCCUGGAGGAGCUUCUUACCAAGCAGCUGCUGGCCCUGGACGCCGUGGACCCGCAGGGAGAGGAACGGUGCAAGGCCGCCAGAAAGCAGGCGGUGAAGCUGGCCCAGAAUAUCCUCAGCUAUCUGGACCUGAAAUCCGAUGAAUGGGAGUACUAAAAUACCAGACAUCUCACGUUCAGUAUUGCUUGUUUUGCACUUUAUAUAUACUUUCUAUGUAUUUCUCGAGAGGUGUCAGUUCAUUGAGCUUAAACGUGAUUUAUAUACAUGUCUACUUCAACCUCAGUAUUUAUGAUUUAAGCAGAUUGUAUUCAGAAUCUCUGCUGCUUUGGGUGCUGCGAAGCAGUUGUCACUCCAGCACGCUGGCUGUUCCGUCUGGGUCGGUCUCCGUAUGAUGUGGCCUGGGUUUUUAUCGGGGGGGGGGGGUGGGGCUGGGGCAGGUUUUGUUAACAAAAAAUGGAAUCAAGGCAGUUUUGUAAUUUUAAAAAAUGGGUUGUGUGAGUGUUAAAAUGCAGAUACUUCAAAAUCUAGAAAAAUAGACAUAAGCUUACCCGAUACUGGAAGAAUUGUGAGAAAAGGGGAAAUUGUGAUUACACAGAGUGAGGUCCAAGCAGGAGCAGUAGGGUGCUCUGUUUUAAUCUGCUAAGUAAAGCAGAACUUGUUCGUUUGUGAACCCUGAUUCGGGCCCAGCCCACGAAUUGAGUGGGGUUUUUAUCUGUUACUGGAUAGCUUUGAGUGAAGAUCUGUUCUUUUGUAAAUGUUUUUUAUUUGAAAAACAGUGUCUGUAUUCUCCCCCUACCCUCUGCAUUUAGAGAGGGGGAAUUUUAUUUUUAUGUGUGUAAUGUAAGCAGAUUAUGAAAAUAGCAAAAAAAAAAAAAAAAACCUCCGGGACUGCAUUGAAGAAAGGAUAUUAAGUACCUUUAAGUUAUUUUUGUUUGUAAAAUCUGAUAUUAACAAUUUUUCUCUAGUAGUUAAUAAGAAUGGGAACAUUUGAAUGAAGUUAAUUGACCUUUAAAACACAAACGAGGAAGCUCUCCACUAUAGGUAUUGGCCUGUAGUUGGACAGUGAAAGCUGGGAAGGAGUUACCAGCGCCAAGUUCCACUAGCAAAGCAGAAACAUUUGCAGCCAGCCGGUAACACUCAAAGCUACGCUAGGGACGAGCUUGUUGAACGUACCCGGUGCUGGUUUACAGUGUUCAGUCGUGGCAGCUGUGGGUGACCAUGGAGAACCAGGUCUUUAUAGCUUGUCAGGGGAAGUUAGUUGUCAGUAACUAGCAUCUUAAAUGUCAGACUCCUUGGGACUAAUUAGUAAAACCUGUUCUAAAUUAAAGGUUUUUCUCUGUGUACUUAUACUAUUGGUUUGUGGAAGUUUCUUUAUUGCUUAAAAGCUAUUAAAAUGCAUCAGUGCAUGAAA